AUCGUGGUUUUCCGUCGACACGAAUAAUGGCGGGAGCCCCCCCACGAAGUAAGAGGAAAGUUAUGAGUGAGGUUUUAUUUGCCGCUACCAGACAUUAUUACCCUGGAACGCACUCGAUUCGCCAUAUUGGGACUUGUUAUUCUGGCAACAUCGCUCUCGAUGCGGACAGACUUAACAGGGACGAAUCGACUCCGAAGGUAUGUCGUGAAAGAUUUGUAUGACAAAGCAAGAUGUCCUCCAAGACCUCCAUAGAGCAUAAUUAUGGCCAACAAUCAUGUCGACCACUUCAUAUUCAACGUCUUGAAAAGGCCCUCGGUUUGGAGUCUUUCCUGGCCUAUGUAACUAAAGUUCUUGAUACCCCAAUAAAUGAUGAUAGUGAUGAUGAUUUUCUUGAUCGGUUAGAUGGCUUUAAGUCAUCCCAAAAUGGCAGUGAUGGUAAUAAUCUGGUUAAUGGAAUCACUAUAACAAAAGCAGAAAGAAAAACUGACAAAAUGGGGCUGUAUAACUUCAGCAAAGUGAAGAAGAGCCGUAAAUGGCUGAAGAACAUUUUACUAAGUGACAGUUCUUCUGAUGAAGAUACAGAUUCUGGUUCAAUAACAGAUGAAGAUUUUCAAAUGAUGCUUAAAUUACAUAAAUAUCAAAAGAAACAUCAGCAACUGUUUUAUCGAGAUCCAGAUUUACACCAGUACCGUUACUAUAGUACAGGUCUCAUGUCAAGCUAUGACCGCUAUUAUGACCAUCAGAAAUUAAUCCUGGGACCCAAGAAAAGAAUCUCCAGAGAACAGAAAAAAAUAGAAAAGAAAAUGAAAGCAAAGUUAAGAAAGUUAAAAAGAGCAUUAGAAAACGGUGAUAGUGAAAAUGGUUCCUUUGAUGCAUCUCUGUCAGAAGCAUAUCCUCAUCCAAAGCAGUUACACGGAAAAAGCAAGCAAAACAAGAAACUAACACCAGAGCAAGCUGAUACAAAACGUCGGAAAAUAUGGUUGUCUAUAGCUAAAAAAGAAAUACCCAAGGCCCAGAAACAAAAAGCUUCAGCUCGAAAGGAAAUGUUAUCAACUCUAAAGAAAAUCUCUCAGCAGUGCAUGAAGGAUUGUCGACGAGCUGCUUUACAGUCACAAAAGGUAAUGAAGGAAACACCACAGAGGGCAAAGCGAUUAACUAGAGAAAUGCAGAUCUAUUGGAAACGGUUUGAGAAGGUUGAAAAAGAACAUCGCAAAAGAGCUGAGAAGGAAGCCCAAGAACAACGAAAGAUGGAUUUGGAAUUACGUGAGGCUCGUCGACAACAACGCAAGUUGAACUUUUUGAUCACUCAGACAGAACUCUAUGCACACUUCAUGGCCAGAAAAAUGACUGGUGAGACUGAGGCAGCAAAAGAGAAAAUAUUGCGAAAAUUAGAUGAGCCAAAUUAUCAGAAGCCAUUAAAAGUAGAGGGUGGCUUACUUGUUGAUGUGGAAGAAGAUGACUAUGAUUCAAUUGAAAUGAAGAAUCUUGCAUUACAGAGAGCAGAAGAUGCAUAUUUAGCUCACCAGAUGAAGAAACGUGCAUUUGAUGAUGAAAUGUUCCUAAGAAGAUCUGGUGGGAAUACUCUAGGUUUCACAUCAGAUAUACUGGACUCCAGUUUAGCAAAUCCUGCCAUCAGCACGGCCGUUGAACGAUCACAACCUGAAAUAUUUGAAGGAAAAUUAAAAUGCUAUCAACUCAAAGGUAUGAACUGGCUAGCCAACCUUUAUGACCAAGGUAUUAACGGUAUCUUGGCUGAUGAAAUGGGACUUGGUAAAACUGUCCAGAGUUUAGCAUUUCUUGGUCAUCUGUCUGAGUCACAAAGUAUCUGGGGGCCAUUCCUUAUUAUUGCUCCAGCUUCAACAUUACAUAAUUGGCAACAAGAAUGUGCACGAUUUGUUCCGAAAUUCAAGGUUGUUCCAUAUUGGGGUAAUACACAAGAUCGUCGCAUCUUGCGUAAGUUUUGGGAUCAAAAGUGUCUACAUACUGAAGAGGCCUCAUUCCAUGUUGUAAUUACUAGUUAUCAGUUAGUUAUUCAAGAUGUUAAGUACUUCCAGCGAAUCAAAUGGCAGUAUAUGGUGCUUGAUGAAGCACAAGCUAUUAAAAGUAGUUCCAGUGCCCGAUGGAAAACACUGCUUGGCUUCAAUUGCAGAAAUCGUUUGCUCCUCACAGGAACACCCAUUCAAAACAGUAUGGGAGAGCUCUGGGCCCUUCUCCAUUUUAUCAUGCCUACUCUUUUUGAUUCUCAUGAGGAAUUUAAUGAAUGGUUCUCCAAAGACAUUGAAAGUCAUGUUGAAAGGCAGUCCGGAAUUGAUGAAAAUCAGCUCUCACGAUUACACAUGAUAUUAAAGCCCUUUAUGUUACGACGUGUUAAAAAAGAUGUUGAGAAUGAAUUAUCAGACAAGAUUGAGAUCUUAGUGUACUGCCCAUUGACCACACGACAAAGGUUACUCUAUCAAGGUGUAAAGAAUAAGAUCUCAAUUGAUGACCUUCUCCAUAGUUCUACAGCCAGUUCUUCUCAAGCACAGUCAACAACAAGCAGUCUAAUGAAUCUGGUCAUGCAAUUCAGAAAGGUUUGCAAUCAUCCAGAAUUGUUUGAGAGACGAGAAGUUCGGUCACCUUUUGUUUUCAAACCAGAAGCUUAUUUCAUUCCUAAACUGAUUUACCGGCAUGGAAUUCUUCACAGAUCGUUAGCAGCAAAAAUGAAGAUUUUACACAACAAAUUGUACAUACAUUGUUCCCAUUACAUUCACAAAUCUCUCCACAGUUCUUCCUCAGGAUCAUCUGUAAAUAGUCUCUUUUCAUUCAUCCGUUUCACCGAUAUGAGCCCUCAGCAACUUGAAAAUCAAAUGUGUGGUAGCCUUUUAGCCCGGUGGUUGGCUGUGUUUCUGUGUCUGAAAUCUGCUUACAGGAUUUAUGCAGAACAGUACUCUCAUUCAUUUACUAAAACUCCUAAAUCAAAAAAUUCAGACCUUUUCUUGUUGGCUCCACUUAGAACUGUUUUUUAUCCUAAUUUGAGUGCCAGUGAAAACCUUCGAAAAUUUGUAUUUACCAGCUACCUCAGUCAGGUGUAUAGUCAUAUGACACAUGUCAUUCACUACAUGCCAGAAACAGUGGCUCACAGAUUAAUACGAUACAAAGCUCAAAGACUAAGUAUUCAAAAGAAGUCUCCUAAAAGCCCAACAGUCUCACCAAUUAAAAAACCAGCCUUAAAUGUUGAUGUCAAUGAUUUACCUGUUCAUCCACACCGAAUGAGACGACCAUAUGUUUUCCAAUGCCAACCAACUUGUAUGCCUACUUUCUUGACAAAAUUAAUACCAAAAAUGCAAGUUCUCCCUGCAGGUUGGUACUCUGUUGAUCGCAGUGCUGCCUGGGAUAGACAAAGAGAACUUGAUUGUGAUACACCUUCAUUUAAACUUUGUCUCAAAUUUGGAAUUGAAGACACUCCUUACAGAACAAGAUCAAAAGCUUAUUUCAUACCCCCUGAAAGGGCAGGUCUCUUUGCAUCUUAUCCUCAACAUGGUUGGUCUGGCAUACUGGUUCCAGACAAAGAAACAUUGGUGACAGAUGCUGGCAAGCUUACUGUAUUGGAUUCAUUGUUACACAGAUUAAAGAAAGAUGGUCAUCGAGUAUUAAUAUAUUCACAAAUGACACGUAUGAUUGACCUAUUAGAGGAAUAUAUGUGGCACCGUAAGCAUACAUAUAUGAGGCUAGAUGGCUCAUCAAAAAUAUCUGAGAGAAGAGAUAUGGUUGCUGAUUUCCAAAACCGAUCUGACAUAUUUGUAUUUCUUUUGAGUACAAGAGCAGGAGGUCUUGGCAUUAACCUCACUGCUGCUGAUACUGUGAUAUUUUACGACAGUGACUGGAACCCCACUGUGGACCAACAAGCUAUGGAUCGAGCUCAUCGCCUCGGACAGACUAAACAGGUCACUGUCUAUCGUCUCAUCUGCAAAGGAACUAUUGAAGAACGCAUUCUCCAAAGAGCCAAAGAGAAAAGUGAGAUACAACGUAUGGUAAUCAGUGGAGGAAACUUCCGUCCAGAUACACUGAAACCAAAAGAAGUUGUUUCCUUAUUGAUUGAUGAUGAUGAAAUGGAAACAAAAUUAAUACUUUCAGUGAAACAACGUCAAGAGGAAAAGCGUGUGCGUGAGAAGGAGACUAAGGAACGAAAACGCAAGCGAGAAAAACUUACUGAAAAGACGAAAGAUUUUAAACGCUUCAAAACAGAAGAUAAUGUUAUAAUUCCUGUCCCAGAUACUGAUUCUGUUGCAAGCUUUGAUUCUAUGUCUGUUCCUGCCAGUCCACAGAGUGAGAUGUCAGUUGGCAGUGAAUUCAACCAACCAUCAAGUAACCUUGUGAUAGAUGAUAACAGUAAUGAUGCCCCACUUGUAGUUGAUGAUGCACAUACAUCUUUCCCUCCACUGGCUCCAAUUCCAACACCAACAAAAAGAGGAACAGGUCGUAGUCGUGGUCGACCAAAAGGUUCAGGAGUUGGACGACGCCCACGUGGACGAGGCACUGCAAAGAAAGCAUUAUCUGCUGCUGAAAUUGCUGGUGCACAAGCUGGCAUGACUGCAGCGUAUGCUGCUUAUGGCUAUAAUUUCACAGGCCAGGCAAAAGGUGUUCGAGGGAGAGGAUUAGCUCAUUCAGCUAAUAGCACACCAAAUGUUUCUCCAAAAUCUCUAAUGAGGAAUGGAACGCCAUAAUUGAAUACUCAAUUAUCAGCUUCCCCUCCCUUUGGUGAUCUUACAUGAGCCAGGCCGAGUUUUGUCGAUAGCUGACAACUUAUUGGACAAAGGAGCUGACUUUAUGGCCUCUGUCAAACUCGUGUCACUCAGUUCAUGGACGACUUGAUCAUUGAAUCAAGUGUAUUUGAGACAACAGUGUCAGUGAUUUCAAGUCGAGAGGAAAACAAAUUGAGUUAAAAAAAAAACACUGGCUAAAAGUAAGCUUUAAUUAACCAGAUAACAUGAUGGUUUACUUCAACCAUGAUCAAAUGGUAGUUACUGCUUUUCUAUUUAUUUUCUUCUUGCAUACUAUGGACUCUUUCUGUUUGUCAACUAACAAUACCUUAGUUAUCCUUCUAUUACAAAUAGGUAUAGCAUAAAGAAAAUAUAGUUUCAGGAGAUCAGUCAUAGUCUUUUCUUUUAUUUUUGUCUCUUCUCUUUAUCAUACACAAUAGACACCUUGGUUAAAUUUAAAUAUCUAUGCUUGUUUGCAGAUAUUUUGUCAUGAGCCUAUCCCCAAUCUCUUUCUUUCUUUUUGGGAAUCUAUGUGUUAAAUAAAGGGGCUAAGUAGUAGUGUAAUGAGGCCUUAAAUGUGCAGCAUUUAUCAAAGCUAUAAUGGUUUGUCUAUUGAACACAAGAGAAAUGUUUGAGUAUUUGAUGAGUGUAGAUGCAUACACAGAAGGAUUUCUAAAACGGUAUUUCUUAUUGUAUUUAAAUUAUUACUUUAGCUCUUAUAAAAAUAGUUUUAGGGAGAAAUGAAUUUUUAUUUUUAUACUUUGUUAAUCGGCAUUAAAAUCUGAAUUGGUUUUUAUAUUUAUUCUCUUAUCAAUUCUUUGAAUUGAUAUAAUGUUGAUUCUCCUAUUGGUAUUGGUAAAUUCCUGAGACUGUAUCAGUUUCAACUGUUUGUGACGAAUAUUCCUUCAAUUUUAUAUUAAUUUGUUAUGAGCUCUUGAUGCAUAAGUAGUGUGAUUAAUUGACCUGAAAUGAAAUUAAAGUUUUACACACACACACACAGUCAAAAUAUUCUUACCUUUAUUCUGAAGAUAAUUUCAGCUGUGACAAAAACAAUUUUGGCGAGUAGUUUUCCUGAAGAACACUACAUAGAAUUUAGAGCUUGAAGUUUUUUUGUUUGUUUUUUUUUGUUGUUUUUUUUUCUACCAGAAUGCUCUCAUGUUAAAAGACAAAGUUAGUUUUUUUUUUAAACUUUUUACUGUUCAAUCCACUUGGAUUAAACAGUGAAAGACUUCACCAUUCUAUGAUUAUAUAUUGUAAGGAUUUUGAUGUAAAUCAGUUGAUUAUACUGUCAUAUGCUGAGAACUGUGAAAGCAGCACCUAAUUAAUUGCAGGGCUUAAUUUCUUGCAAAAAAAAAAAAAAAAAAAACAUAACAAUGGAAGUAAAGAUGUUUGUGAAAAAUGAAAUGAAAUUUUUUAAAGGGAACCAAAUCAGGUGUGUAACAAUUUGCUAUAUGCUCAUUCAUUAAAUGUGAAGAGUGAGAGGAACAAAUAUGGAAAAAGUCAAAUUAAAUAAAGUGCUUAACAACACACAUACUCACACAUACAGGAGUAAUUGAAAAAAGAAAUAUGAAAAUACUGGUAAAGCGUUCAUAAUGUAAUAAAAUCUGUUUAGUAGAUAGGAAUAUACAUGAUCACAUCCAAGUAUAUCAGUCAUUUUAAACAACUUUAUACUGAUGGAUGAAUCUUGUUAGUAACAUCUAGCCAUACCAACUAGUAAACUCAUCUUAGGAUUUGUAUUAGAAUUAUGAAAAAAAUAUAUGAAAGGAGAAACAAUUACGGAUUGAUUAAAUGGCAAAAUGACAGUUGUGAAUUCAUAUUUCAUUAUAGGUACUAUAAUAUAUUCUUGACCAGCUAAAUUUGCUUCAGUUCACUUGAUAAAGUUGGUUGCAUUUAUGUGAACCUGGUAUCAUAGCAGAAGUAAAAUAACUAUCGUAUUUUUACAAGGUGGAAGUUUGUCUCCUGUUUCCAAAGUAUUGUUGAUAUCAGAAAAUAAGUAUCACCAAUAUAUCUGUUAACAGGAGGGUUUUUUGGGGGUUUUUUUUACACUGGUAGUAAAGUGUUGACUUUGAGUAAUAUUUAUUUAAUACUCAUAUUAACCAAAUAUUAUUCAAAGUCAUCGCUUUUAAAAAAACUUAACAAAGUAAAAAUAUCGAUGACACUUAUUUGAAGACAGGAAACAAAUUUUAAAGAUUGACUAUGUAAAGACUACAAUCAUUAAAAACAAAAAGUGUUUGUAAGAGAAAGCUGGAGUGAUAGGAUAAGUCUGUAGAAAAAGUAAAGUUUACUGCUGGGAACAAAGACUUUCACUGACAUAAGUUGACAGCUGUUUAUUACAUAUCAACUGAUACUUUACUGUACAACUGUUUUCAUAGUGUACAAUUGUCAAGUUUUGCCUAGUUUAGUUUAGAGAGAAACAAUGAUAUUGACUUUAAAACUAAGUAUAAAUAAAAUAUGGUGCAAUAUUCUAGUGUAGCAGGAAUGUCACUUAUUUGUUCAUUGCUAAUGAGGUGCUGUUAAAUAUUGUCCUUGCAGUGCAGGAGAUAGCAUUUUUGAUUUCUAAUCUAUAGCAUCCCACAAAAAGAUGACAAUUAAAAAUUUGCUCGGUUUUCUGUUGUAUUUGUAUACAAUGAUAAUAAAUUGAAUUUAAUAAUUUAAUUCUUUUACAUAAUAACAUUUACAAACAAUAAUUCAUUUUGCUUCAUAGUCAUCAGUGGAAACUAUUUCAAAAUAUGUAGUAUAUAUAAAAUUAUUAUUUGUUAUAAAGGAUGUUUUGACUACUAAAAAAAAACCCUAAUAUAAAUAUAUAAUCUUUAAAUUUACAAUUUUUCUUGGUUUCAAUUACAAUUCUAAACUGGAAUCACUAGUUGGUGAAUUUCAGAAUUCUUCCUGAAAUGUAAGAUAAGUUUUUUUAAUUUUUUUAUGUCAAUAAAAUAGUUCACAUAUAUAGAGUUUCAUAAAUUCCCCUUUGUAAAACUGAACAUAAAGGAUGCUUUACGAAGGAAUGAAUUAUAGCCAGUACAGCAAUCAAAUAUACUCCUCAUUCUAAUAUCUUGUCUCAGUUACAGCAAUAAUAAUUAUGGUUCAAAUAAUUUAAUAGACACACUGAAUACCUUUUUCUUAGACAUGUUUCUAAACAUUCCCUUUUUUUUUUUUCUGUCACAAUAAAUCUUUUAAUUUUCUGCAGUCUUUAUAACUGCCACAGACCAUGUAUAUUUCCAUUCAAUUCUACCCUCACUAAAAUUUAAAAACCUUAAAUGCAUUAAACUUAUUCUUUCGUUUGAUUUAAUUUUUUUUUAAUCUAUUUAAAUAAUUUAUUUGUGCAAUGCUCUUAUCACAUUUAUUAUUUUUCUUCUCAAACAGAAAAUAUAUUUUACUAUUUGCCAAUAUUGUACCUCAUUUCCGUUAUAAACUGUUUUCCUCUUUCUCACUUUUAUAUUCUCUCCAUAGACAAUUUACUGCUUUGUCUACUGCACAUCAUGGUACUGACCAAAUGUUUAAUUUGGUUUUUAUAUAAUAAUAGUAAAAAAAUAAUUCAAAGCUAAUUGGAGACUGUCCCUGUUAAUUAAAUAUUACCCACCACCAUAUUCAUUUUCCCUACUCAUAUUUUUCCCAUAUCUGCAUAUGAUACACACUAAAUUUUCUCUUCCAAAUCACACAUACACUAUAUAUGUAUAUAUAUAUACAUAUAUAUAUAUAUAAAAUGAAAAAAAAAUUCAGGACAUUAAUUCUGUCUGUUGCUUUCUGUGACACGUUUUGUACAAAGUUAACCAUCUUUCUUCAUGUUGGAAUGUUCACUCGUAAAGAAAUAAAAAAAAAGGAAAAGGAAAAAUAGCACAUAUGGGAAUGGGAAAGAAAUGGGUAAAAAUUUUAAAAUUUCACUUUGUUGUUUUUGUUGAUUGUAAAGGAAAAAAUGCAUUAAAAAUUAGUGACAUCUAGAUAUAAAACCACUAAUAAAAUCCUGCCUAUUUUUACAAUUGGA